AUGCAGACCACAAGCAACGGAAGCGCCUUCGGAUACUCGCUGCAGCGUCAUUACGCGCAGCAGCAAUGCAAACCCAGCUCCGGCGGAAAAUCAUUCACCAUCGAGGCGCUGCUCGCCAAGCCAGAUCCGGACAAUGAGCGGGAGAGGGCGAGUCCGCUGCCCUACGCCGCAGCAUCAUCAUCGGCAUCCUUCGGCCUGACCUACUCGCCAUCCCCGUACAACCCGCUGCCCCCAGUCGGCUACUACUGCAGCUGCCCGCCCUUCAGCUACCAGGCGGCGUGUCGCGGUGCCUUUUACGCGCCAGUGGCAUCCAUGGCCAAAGCUCACGCGCUGAAAGGCAAGGGCGCCAAAUCCAAGCGCAUGCGCACCAGCUUCACCAGUGAGCAGUUGGCCCGCCUGGAGAAGGAGUUUGCUCGGCAGCAGUACAUGGUGGGCUCCGAGAGGUUCCUGCUCGCCUCUUCCCUGCAGCUCACAGAAGCGCAGGUAAAAGUGUGGUUCCAGAACCGUCGCAUCAAAUGGCGCAAGCAAAGUUUGGAGCAGCAGCAGGCCAAGUUGGCCAAGCUGGGGCUAACUGGUGCCUCCGCUGCUGACCCGCCCAAAAGUCCCGGAUCUCAGGGCCACCAAGACGAAGACCAAGAAUUUUCCGAUUUGGACGUGGACGUGGACGCAGAGCCUUGCUGA